CACACUAUGAAGUCCAAACAAUCAGAUCCCUCAUAAUCUUCUUCUUCUCUCUCCAAAAUAAUCAUCCAUCUCUCUGAUGGGCUUUUCCAUUCUCCGAACUUCCCCUCUCUCUUCCUCCCGAGCUUUUCUCUGUAUCCCAACACCCUUCUCCUCUCUUCCCAUCCUUCCUCUUCCUCUCCACUCUUCGCCCCAUUCAUUGCUCUUCAAAACCCAUUUCGGAUCAUCUUCUUCCUCGCCGAAUUUCACUUCUUUCGCCAUUUCUGCCACUCCAUUCCGUGGGGCUUUUGCUCUUAGACCUCGUGGCUUCCGCCGGGGCCGCGUUUUGGCCAUGUCUUCGCCUAAUUCAGUCCAGAAAUCCGAGGAGGAGUGGCGAGCUAUCCUCUCGCCGGAGCAGUUUCGAAUUCUCCGGCUAAAAGGAACAGAGUAUCCAGGAACUGGCAUAUAUGACAAGUUCUAUGAAGAGGGAGUUUAUCACUGUGCAGGAUGCGGGGCACCCCUUUAUAGGUCAAACACGAAAUUCAAAUCUGGUUGCGGUUGGCCAGCAUUCUUCGACGGUAUUCCUGGAGCCAUUAAACGCACUCCUGACCCUGACGGAAUGAGGACUGAAAUCACAUGUGCUGCUUGUGGCGGUCAUCUGGGUCAUGUUUUCAAAGGAGAAGGCUUUCCAACACCCACAAAUGAGCGCCACUGUGUCAAUAGUAUUUCACUCAAGUUUUCUCCUUCUCCAUAAUUUCUUCUCUCAAAUCUGUCUUUUAAUUUUUCUUUAAUCUUGUGAUUAUAUUUAUAACCUUACUCAAUAAGAUAUUUACUAUUUUAAAGGGAAGAAAAGGAGAUUUUCUUCUUCUUCCCUUCUAUAUACAUUUUGCUUGUGUAAAGUAAAUUUCUUCUGUCUCGAUCUCGAUACGCUUUCAAGCAUACAUGUUGAACAGCUACAAUCUCGUUGAAUUUGUUAGCUUUUUGUGGCCUCUUGGGUUUGUAAAGAUGGCAUGCUUCAUAUCUUGCAA